UUGGAGUCCCUUCCCCUUUAAGUCUCCAGCUCCCAGUCAAAGCCAGCCUAUUGUCUUCAGUCCUCCCAUAAAGUGGGGGUGGUCCUGUAAAAAGUUUGCAAAGGAAACUUUCAAGCUGUCACUGGUUGUCGGGAGGACACUGAUGGCGAACAGGGGGACCCGCCGCUCACAGGCAAACACUAACACAUUUGCAGAUGUAGGAAAAUGCAGCAAAACAUCCCGAGGAGUGAAAGUUUGAUGAGGUCAGAUCUGGAGGCAUUUCUGAGGAGCGCCGCAGUCUGAGGAGCGCAAGGCGCAACAAAGCGAGCAGGAUUUCAUGAAGUGAAAGCCGGCGCAGUGACAGACUGAGACACCAGAGCUUGCUGAUUAUAUAAAUGCUCCCAUCCUGACAACAUGACGCGUUUGGAUCGCGGGCUUAGCGCCUCUGGACAGAGAGCGUCUGGGCUCCACGUCUUCUUUACGCUCGUGAUGGUCGUGGGAAGCAGCGGAGCGCCGCACGAACCAGACAGAUUUCUCCAGAGCCUACCUCACUAUGAAGUUGUCCACCCCACCAGAGUGGAUGCCGAAGGUCACUUCCUGUCCCACUUCCUGCCUCAUCAUGCUCGUCGUGUGCAGCGCAGGGGAGCCUCUGAGGAUCCAGAAGACCUGGAUCAGGUCUUCUACCAGUUUUCCCUUGGCGGCCAUGGCUUGCAGCUGAACCUCAGCCUGAAUACAAACCUGUUGGCUCCUGGCUUCCUGACAGAGAGGAGGUAUGGUGGGCUGAAAGGGGCCAAAAUCCACCAUCCUGGACACUCACGAUGCCAUUACUUUGGUGAAGUGUUGGGUGAGACCACUGUGAAGGGAAGCGCAGCCAUAAGUACAUGUGAUGGACUGACAGGUCUGUUCAAGUUUUCAGAUGAAGAAUUCUUCAUUCAGCCAUUGGAGAGAUCUAGGGAUGACACCUCUGAACCACAGGCCCACGCCAUCUACAAACGCCACACUUCCCCUGGAGGACGGAGUCAAAUCAUACAACAAGAUUCAGAAAAACAAUCCAACGCUUCAUGUGGAAACAGAAAUUCUCAGCACACUUUUCAGAGCAUUGAGAGUCGGAGAGAGAGAUGGGAGCACAGAGGCCAUAGUAGAGCCAAACGGAUUCAUGAACGCUCGGUGAGCAGAGAGAAGUGGGUGGAAACUCUGGUGGUGGCUGACUCUAAAAUGGUGGACUAUCAUGGAAGCAAAAAAGUGGAAAGCUAUGUCCUCGCUGUCAUGAACAUUGUGGCAGGCCUGUUCAGAGAUUCCAGCAUUGGAAAUGCCAUCAACGUUGUGCUUGUUCGACUCAUUCUUCUGGAGCAGGAUGAGGUCGAUUUAAAGAUUACUCACCACGCCGACAACAGCUUGAACAGUUUUUGUAAGUGGCAAAAGAAGUUGAACAUGAAAGGAGACGAACACCCGUUGCAUCACGAUGUCGCUGUUCUGCUCACCAGGAAGGACAUCUGUGCCACUAUCAACACGCCAUGUGAGACCCUGGGUUUGUCCCACGUGGCAGGAAUGUGUCAGCCGCAUCGCAGUUGCAGCAUUAGUGAGGACACCGGCCUCCCAAUGGCCUUCACUGUAGCACACGAGCUAGGACACAACUUUGGGAUUCAGCAUGAUGGCAACGGUAAUGACUGUGAACCCAUUGGGAAACGACCUUUUGUCAUGUCUCCUCACCUCAUGUAUGGAACCUCCCUGCCCAGGUGGUCCCGCUGCAGCCGCCAGUAUAUUACCCGCUUUCUUGAUCGUGGAUGGGGCUGGUGUCUUGAUGACGUCCCUGUCAAGGACAGACUGUCUGUCAGCUCAGUUCUCCCUGGACAACUGUACAGCGCCGUCCAUCAGUGUCGUCUUCAGUACGGAUCCAAGUCCCUGCUCUGCGAUGACAUGGAUCAGAAUAUCUGCAGCACUCUGUGGUGCACCGUGGGAGCCACCUGCCACUCCAAGCUGGACGGGGCUGUGGACGGAACAAGCUGUGGAGAGCAGAAAUGGUGUAUAGGUGGCCAGUGUGUUGCAGUCGGGUAUCAGCCUGGGAGCAUAGAUGGUGGCUGGGCGCCGUGGAGUGAGUGGUCAGCGUGCACAAGGACGUGUGGAGCCGGAGUACAGAGCGCUGAAAGAGAAUGUGAUAACCCAGUCCCAAAGCACAGAGGGAAGUAUUGUCUUGGAGAGAGACGGAGGCACAGGAUCUGCAACUCAGCGCCAUGCCCUCAGGGUGUUCCCACCUUCAGAAACAUGCAGUGCAGUCACUUCAAUGCCCUCCCUUACAAGGGCAAAUUCUACAAGUGGGAGGCAGUCAUCAACAAAGUCAACCCCUGUGAACUGCACUGUUGUCCAGCGAAUGAACACUUUUCAGAAAAAAUGCGAGAUGCUGUCACUGAUGGCACACCGUGCUAUGAUGGAAACAAAAGCAGAGACGUGUGCAUCGACGGCGUCUGUCAGACAAUUGGUUGUGAUUUUGUAAUAAACUCAAAUGCGGUGGAGGAUCAAUGCGGCGUUUGUAACGGAAAUGGCUCCACCUGCACAACUGUGAGGAGAACCUUUGAGGAGAAGGAAGGACUGGGUUAUGUUGACAUUGGUCUGAUACCAGAGGGUGCUAGAAAUAUCCUGAUCAAGGAGGUGGCUGAAGCUGGGAAUUUUUUGGCACUACGAGGUGACAACCCCAGCAGGUAUUUUCUGAACGGUGGGUGGACCAUUCAGUGGACUGGGGAGUACAAAGCUGCCGGGGCAACCUUUACCUACGAGAGGGCGGCACAGCUGGAAAAUUUAACCUCCCCCGGGCCCACUCUGGAGCCAUUGUGGAUUCAGCUUCUUUUUCAGGAAACCAACCCAGGAGUACAUUAUGAGUACACCAUCAGCCGAAUUACUUCAGAAGACACAAACUCAGGGUCUGAUUACUUCUGGAAAUAUGGCUCAUGGACUGAAUGCAGUGCUACUUGUGGAAUCGGUGUUCAAAGGCGUGCUGUCUUCUGUGUGGAAAAGACAACUGGGUUAGUAGAGGAUCACUUUUGUGAGCCUUCCCUCCGGCCUGAGGAUAACCACAUCAGCUGCAUCAAGGAUCCAUGUCCUGCCAUAUGGUGGGUUGGAGAUUGGCAGAAAUGCUCUGCAAGCUGUGGAAGCCUGGGCCUGACAAAAAGGACAGUUUUGUGCAUCCAAGCUGUGAGCGCAGAGGAGCAGAAAGCGCUGGAACCCAGCUUUUGUGCUCACAUCCCCAAGCCGGAGUCCAUUUCCUCCUGCAACACACUUAUGCCUUGCCCAGCUGACUGGAACACAGGCAGAUGGUCAAAGUGUUCACAUACCUGUGGAAAUGGAGUUCGCCAGCGUAACGUGACCUGCAGCAGAAACACCGGUGUCGACUGUGAUCCCCAAAAGAAGCCUUUAGCUGUCACCGAGUGCUACAUUCAAGACUGUUUGCAGCUUGGCGACAAUUUUGGAGACAGUGAAGGGUCUGGAAGCGGCAUGUCAAGCAAUGAAGUGCAGAAUGAAAUCAACCCCAUUCCUGAGCUCAAAACUCCUCUAAAGCCCGGCAGAGGCCAGUCAAGAAAUCCCAAUGUGAAUUUUGACUUCCACUACCACAAUAACAUCGAACGCACUGAAGAAAACAACGUUCAAGUUGAUGAUUUUUAUUAUGAUUAUAACUUUAUUGACUUUCAUGAGGAUUUGUCUGAGGAUUUUAGGAGCCGUGAAAAGAAUUUAGAGGACAGCCACAGAUUGCUUUCGGAGGUCGAGCAAACACACAGCGUUGGAGCUGAUGCUCGUGUGGACACUGGAAACACAACAAUAGCUGCUUCAGCUGCUCCAAAUGUUUCAGAUAUAUAUGAUUUAAAACACAUGGAGCCUCAGAACAUAACAGGAGACGAUAUAAAACAUAUUUCUACAACAGAAAAUUCAAAGGAUGCUAAUGACUUUCUGUCAGAGGACUAUCUGUUGCCUGUAUCUAAUACUUAUUUGCCGCCAUUGUCCAAAACGCCACGUUCACAAAUAGCAAAAGGGGAACAUGAAAGUGUGUUGUGGCCGGAGAGCAUAAUUACAUCAGGGCUGCUUGUCACUACAGAGCAUCCAGCACAAGAUGAAACAUGGGAGGAAUCUGGGGAUGAGACUGAAAAUGCCUAUGAUGAUUCCAGAGCGGAGGAAAAUCACUCACAAGGUUUCACGGUGACUGCAGUGCAUCCUGCCCCCACUCGCAUACAUCAAACCACCACCGACAUCACAUCCACCAUGGAGAUUAACAGCAAGUCUUUGUCUUUGGAAGAAAAAAAUGAUGUCACAUCCAAACCUUUAGACCAGCCAGCAGAAACAGAAAUUCCAGUUAGGACCGGAAUCCACCUUAAGGAAAUAUUUCAGACAACGACUGCUAUUCCAAGUGCUUUUACACUGGAAGAUUUGGAAAUGGAUCCAAAUAUUCUGGAAGCUCAACGUAACUCGUGGGAUAAUGACCUCAGCACAUUGCCUCCUCCGUCUACUUUUCUUCCGAGUUUACUCCUACAAACCUCAGGUAACCAGUGGGUAUCAGAAAACUUCAGAUUAUUAACUGGAACAGAAAAUAUGCCUCCCACCAACACCAGGGGAGACGCUCAACCUCCCGCAACUGACGUACUGACAGCCAGCGUUAAAGCAAUCUCUCCAAAUCCUGCCUUUGGGAAAACAACUGGAACAGAUUCUACAUACCAGCCUCACUUAUUUUAUCAAACGGAAUAUGACUACAGUGAAAUCCUAGACUCCUCUACAGUAGGGAGCAACAUAAAUCCUGAUCUCAUACACCAAGCUGCAACAAACACGCAAGCCACAACUCAGAGCAGUCUAACACCUGCACAUCACGUGGAACAAGCAACACCUACUGUUCCCAUUAUCUCAACCAAUGCACCAAGUCUGUGGCCACGUACCGUCCCAUCAUCUGUGGAGGCCAGUGGUGGAGCUGGGCACUGGGUAGCUGGAAACUGGAGUGCUUGCUCCACCAGCUGUGGACUGGGUGCCGUCUGGAGAGCAGUGACUUGCAGCACCGGAAAGGACUCUGACUGCCAUUCAUCCAAGAAGCCUCCACCAGCCCGACAGUGUUACCUUCGUCCGUGCUCAAUGUGGAAGGUCGGGGAAUGGAGUAAGUGCUCCAAGAACUGCGAGGGUGGCUCUAAAUUUCGAGAGGUCCAAUGCUUUGAUCUGAGGGAUCAAAGACCUCUAAGACCCUUCCACUGCAGGGCCAUGUCCUCCAGGCCACAAUCACAAAAUCUCUGCAACCUGCAGCCGUGUCUGGACUGGUACACCUCAUCCUGGGGUCAGUGCUCUGAAGUGUGUGGAGGAGGUGAGCAGCAGCGCAUUGUCACCUGUCCAGAGGAAAAUGGAUGCGAAAAAGACCUGCAGCCAAGCAACAUCCAGUCCUGUAACAGCCAGCCAUGUGCUCAGUGGCUGACUGGAUCCUGGGGAGAGUGUUCAGCUUCAUGCGGUGGGGGUGUCCAACAGCGACUCAUCAAAUGUGUUGACACAAAAGCUGAUACUGAUACUGAGGUGGAUCAAGGUCAGUGCCACCAUGAGCUGAAGCCGGUCGGCAGCCAGAAAUGCAACACACAGGAGUGUGAGAGCGCCUCCCCACAAGCAGUUUGUCUUCGUGAUCGCCUGACUGCUCGCUUCUGUCACACUCUCCACCUGCUCCGCCGCUGUCACCUCUCCAACGUCCAGUCCCAGUGCUGCAAGACCUGCAGCCAGCAGCAGCAGCACAGCUCGCCACUGAGGUGAAGAGGAGCUCAUCCUAUCCUUCAUCCACAGAGUUUGCACCACAGGAUAAGAAUGAAAGAACAAUCUGUUACCCUGAGCCCUCUCCUGAACCGGACUGCCCCAGAUUUUCUGAGGUUUAUUAUCCAUCAAUAUGCAAAAACCAGAAUGUAAGUAUUUGUACCUUGUUACGUGAUUUACGAGCUCACACUGCACGAACAUAGCUGUACAAGCACCACCUGCUAACCUUUCAGCAAUGACAGCAGCAGCAGCUGAACAGUAAUUUAGACAAGAUGUGGUACAAGUGUUAUGAGGAUCAAAAAGGAAGUAGUGCAGAGAUGCUUUGUCUGACAGAAAACAACUGUCCAUUUGCUACAAGCCCCUUUCCUAUUCAAUAAUUUUAUUCUUUUUUGGUAAAAACAUUCGUACUGCUUCCUCAAAGGUCUCCCUGCAUCGAUGGUCAGAUGCCUAGACCUCCACCCUAUGGUUAAAAAAAAAUACCCUUUAAAGAUCACAACAUCUUUAAGUAACCAGCAGAUUUUUGCAGGUAAAGAAUUCCUUAAUGAUUUCAGUAAAAUCUUUUAGUUUGCUUCUGGGAAGAAAGAAACAUUUUUUUUCUAAUGAAGCUGCAGAGAAGUUCUACUUUUUUGCACUUAAAUCUUUUAUUGCUAAUGGGUAGAAAGAGCCCAUUAAUAGAUGUGAUCCACAGAGUCAGCCAUUACAGGAAAAUACACCAGACAGAUAUGUGCUUCUCAGAGCAAAUUUACCAUAAGGCAGUCUACAGAUGCUUUCCACUACCUCCAGCAAAACAGACAGCCGUGCAUUGCACUCAGGAAUGGGGACCGAUGACACCUUUCUGCAGUCUGUUUUUAUUCUUCUGAGUUUGGGAGAUUUUGUGAGCAGAGUACCUCGUGUCUUUACCAGUAUGUGGCUUUUCUUCUUUGUCUGAGCUGCCAGAUUAAAGACUCACUGUUUACCAGAACUACAUCUAAAUCAUCAGCAGUCAAGUCUGAAAGACAAAUUGUGGUGUUUUCUGUUGUUUUAAGCCGCUUUUGUUGAAAAGGAUUCCUUUCUACCAUCUCCAGAGCUUCUAUAGCACUUUACAACACAGAGGCAGCCAUCUUUUUGCAUUUGUUCAGUGUGUUAGGAGGUAAAAGGCUAUGAUGCUGCUCCAACACAAUCCUGCAAAGAGAACUGCACUCGCCACCAUAGCUUCUGUCUUUCACAAAGUCUACAGUUUCCUUCUAUGUACGUCUAAUGGACUUUUCAUGCAUGUACCACAGAUGUAUAACAUAUAUAUCACCCAUCCGGUGCACAAAUUACAUUAAAAUUACGUAAUUGAUGCACAAAUCACUAAUGUAUUGCAUAUAAACAGUGCAAUAAUCUUGCAUGUUCUAUGUUGAUUUACUUGUUCUUUUCGUGGUUUAUUUGUACUUAUUCCAUGGUUUUAACAGGGUUUAUUCGUUAUACAUUUGAAGAAAAUUUUACAUAAAGACCACAACUUUUCUCACUUUUUUCAAGUAUAUUCAUAUAUGACCAAUUUUCAUCCGUGGAAAAUGCACAACAUGUACUUAGUGGCUGUGUGACACAGCCUUUUAGACUUAGCAUGUGCAAUUUGUUUGGGAUUUCUUAAGUGAUAAACUAAAUCGUUAGCACAAACAAUAAUAGGAGCAAACAGCAGUUUGCAAAUGACAAUGUCAGGCUGAUCUCCACUGGUCUGUCUACGGUGCGUCUCCAUUGCUUUGACACUAAAAAUUAGAGCGUUCAUUAAUCAAUCAACAUGUUUACAUUGCCCCCCUCAGGUCUUCGUCUCACAUCUGUCCCUCCACAAUGCAAUGCAAGCUUUACGCUGUUUGUAGUUCAGUGACGUGUUGAUUUGACUGCAAAAGGCCAGAGAAAUUGGAAAUAGGUCCGGGUUUCAAAACAAAACUUCCUUUGUACUUUCAAAAUAAGAGUGUAUAGUUUUUUAUUUUCAUAUUUAAGGUGACGUGCCCAUGUCAUAACGCACGUAAACAUCACGGAUAACACCAUCAUCUAUUUUCUCCAUGGAUGACGAAAAGUUAAAUUUUGAAGGUACAAAAACAGAAUUUAUGAUGCAAAACAUGCAUUGUACAAGACUCAGAGAGGACGUAGAGGGCAUGGACCCCGAUUGCCAAAGCUUUGAAUGAACGACUCGACACGAGGGUGGCAGGACAAACCACUCCCCCGGAAGCCAGGGGGGAGUGGGAGCAGGCCAGAGACAGAACAGAGCCACAUUUCAGAUUUAGUUACUAUGACCACCAUCAUGGUAAUUAGGCCCUAAAUUAUCCAAAAGCUUUUAUACCGUUGAAUUAGAUAGGCGAUGUCUAACAAACAAAAAUGGGCCUGCAGUCUUUUUUCACCUCUAAUAAUUAAUUCCCAAUAAAUCUUAUAACCUCCUUUCAAUGUGCAUCUAUCCUUCCCGUUUCCUGCCACAAACACUUAUCUUUCAUCUUAAUCAGUGAAAAAUUGUUAAAUGGACUGAAAGUGUUAUUUUGCCUUUUUUUUACUGAAGCGCCACUUAGUGCAUGCAGUUAAUUAAUCAAGUGCAAGUUUGCUCUGGUUUUUACACACAGACCUCAGACUUUAUGUGUGUUUCUAUUAUUCAGCUUGUGAUGCAUUUUUGUUUUUUUGCUUAGUUUAGAUAGGAAAAAAAUUUAAACAAAGAUUCCUAAUUUUUUCACAUUUGUAGUCUCACUAUUUUGGGAAGAGCUUUAGCAAAUAGACAAGCUGUGCAACUUUUACUGCAGCGAGAAAAGACCAUCAUAACAUUAUUAUAUUAGUCACACUUUGGUUUUACUUGUGCAUGUAAAAACUGUAUUGACAUAAGUAAAUGUGAAAAAUAAACUGCAGGAACUCCUUGGUGCUACAAGCCGCACAGGCUACACACUUUUUAAAUAUCAGGUGUUGGCAGGCCCAGUGCCGUAUGUGCUCAAGUAUGGCACCAUUUCAUUUAAUUAAAUGAUUAAACACAUCAUUAAAGGAUGCAUCAAUGUGAGUGUGUUUUCUGACUGUGUCAAACAAAGGAAAAUAAAGUAUCACACUGAGA